UUUUGCUUAGAAAAGUGGCCCACAUCUUUCGUUUUCUUUAUUCUUUUCUAGAAAAAGAUAUAAAAAUCUGGUCUUUAUUUGGGCUCCACCAGUAGACUUGUCAUAGCGUUUUUCAAUCACUACCAUCAUCCAAUCCAAUCCAUAGAGCUUUGCUUUGAAUUUCAAAAUUGAAACUUUGAGUGAAAACUAUGAGCUUUCAAGGUGUUGCCCAAAUUUUCCAGCUCAACACCUCCGUUGCUGCUUUUCACCGUUUGGUGGCCGCCAAGGACACUCCUGAUCACCGCCGAAAGCUGCAUGAAAGCAGGCAACGUAUGCUGCAGAUAGUGAAAGACACUACUGCUCAGCUGAAAUCCUUAACCCAAUCUGAUGAGAUUCACCAUCACCAUGUAAAUCAAUCUUGGUUUGAUUUAAUUUUCUUUCAAGAAGAAGAUGAUGAACUAUGUAAAGUACUUACAUUGGAACACUUUUAGAACUGAAUUUUCUGUGGAUCCCUAGUCCUCCCACCAACCUUUCCUUCAGGAGCACCAAAGGAAGGAAGUAGUUUAUAUGUACGGUGAGAUUGCUUUAAAUGAAGCCCUUAUUGAGGAAAGGGAACAGGACAUGAAAGAAAUACAAUUCCAAAUCAAAGAAACAAAUGAGAUUUUCAAGGACCUUGCUGUUCUUGUCCAUGACCAAGGCAUAGUUUUUGAAGAAGUUAAUACAAACUUGGACUCUGCCUCUGUUGCCACUACUGAAGCUGAUUCUCAGCUGGCCAAGGCUUGGAUCGAGAAGGGCAAGUGUUUUACGUUUUGCCUCGUAUUAAAGAAUUGUAUUUGUUAAAAUUCAGAAAAGCAAAAGAAACGCCCUUAAUGGAAAAAGUUCAACAGUGUACUUCAAUUGUUUUCUAAUGUUUAUUUUUCUUGAUUCGUUUCACUGGCAUUUUUAUGUUCUGGACUUGAAGAAGUGAUGGAGUUUCUCGAACAGUCAUUUCCCGAUGUUGAAAUAGCUAUUGCACAUGGAAAGCAAUACUCAAAGCAGCUGGAGAAAACUAUGGAGAAAUUUGCACAAGGGAAUAUCAAAAUUCUCAUUUGCAACAGUAAAGUAGAAAGCGGUCUUGAUAUCCAAAAUGCCAACACCAUCAUAGUUCAGGAUGUUCAACAAUUUGGCCUAGCACAGUUGGACCAGAUGAAUCGCUUUGACUAUAGGGGAGGUGACAACCACACGAAUUCCGAUACGUCCACCCCGCAGUCGAUCGAGAUCCCUCAAAGCAGCGACUCCUCAUCAAAGUCUCCCACCAAUCGCACUCCUGAGGAUCGCCUCCGCCGCUUUAAGCAGAUCCUUCCCCGUUCAGCUUUGUACCUUCUUCACGAAGAGCAGUUCCUUCAUCAAGCUGAACAGUCGAUAAUGAGGGUGAAGAAGUCCAAUAGACUCCCACAGGACCAGGAUCCUCAAGUUGCCCGCAGAGCGGUGCAAAAAGUGGUGGAACGUAGUGAGGUCCACGCUGCAGCUUCUUCGAGACCACCUCGCCAGAUGCCAAAAUCAAGUAAGACUUGGAGAAAAACCACCUAGAAUUUCACUACCGAGGUCCAGCACAUGGCCGUCCAAAAACCAAGGAAGGAAGGAGAAGAAACACCUUCCUGGUUUACCGCCAAGCCAACAAAACUCAACCCCGGGAUGUUCGACAAACACAUCCAAGCCUUAGGUUUGAGAGGGGUGAAUGUGAUAUGUCCACACCCUCACCAGAGAGCUAACAGGCCCGACGGACCAUACUGUGCCUGGUCCAGGCACCAUAUAUUCGCAGGAGCGACCAUCCCGCUACACCCUUUCUUCCGGUCAGUAGCGGAUUAUUUCAACGUCUCUCCCUUCCAAAUCGCUCCGAACGGGAUUCAGGCGUUGUCUGCGCUAUACAUUCUCUACUACAUGCAAGGCUGGGAUGAGCGUACUCCUCACGAGAUACAUUACUUGUUCGACUUCAGGACCAACCCAAGCCAUAAGAACACAGGUUUUUUCCACCUCUUUCACAGGCAAAAGGGGGUUAAAUACCUUUGUGGCAUCGCCCACAAGUCGAACCCUGGAAAAUACUAUACAGAGUAUUUUCUCACUUCAGACAUCAGAGCCAACAACUUGGCUUUUACACAUGCGGGCCCAUUCGAGCAAUCCUUGCCCACUCAAGAGAUGUUCAAGCGAGCAGAGGAGUUGGCUAACAUGUGUAUCGAGGAGAAGGACGUGAGAAAUUUGGUUACUGUGGACAACCUUCAGAUGGUGGGCCUGCUACCAUGUAACCAAAACAUCACAGUGGAGAGUACCACUGAGGAAAACAACACAACUGAUCAGUCCAACGCCGGUACUGAGGUGGUGACUGACCAGUUUUCCCCUGGACCAUCUCCUCACUCCCAUAGACCAGGCGAUCUCGUCAUUAGGGAGCCUCAACCAGAGGAUCAGCGCAGACCUGCUAUUCCCACCCAGUCCGGAAAGGGAAAAGCCAUCUAGCCUGCGAGGGACUUGAGCUCAUCAUCCAACGACGAGGACGACUUCCUCGAUCAGAUCCUCAACUCAGGUCUAGUAGUCAUAGUAAUAU